AUGGUUGCCGCUAUUGAGCAUUGCGUUUUUUGUUUCGACAUCCUUGUUGCCCAUUUUGAAGGAAGGGAGCAUUUAGAACCAGAAUUCGAGAAUGCUCAAUAUCCGCUCUUUGUAACUUGGAACAGUCUUCAUCAGGGUCAACCUCGUCUUCGUGGAUGCAUCGGCAAUUUUGAUGCACUGCCUCUUCAUUCUGGCCUAAAAGAAUAUGCUAUUACUAGUGCUAUUCAUGAUAAAAGAUUUUCACCCAUUACUGCCCGAGAACUUUCUCAUCUUACUUGCGGAGUUUCUCUUUUGACAAAUUUUGAAGAUGCUGAAGACUAUCUCGAUUGGGAGAUCGGCGUUCAUGGCAUUUGGAUAGAAUUCGUUGACGAUUAUAACCGUCGUCGGACUGCCACUUACUUGCCCGAAGUUGCUGAGGAACAAGGUUGGACAAAAGAAGAGACUAUUGACUCACUUCUUCGUAAAAGUGGAUACAAUGGUCGAAUCACCGAUAAAAUUCGUAGUCGCGUUGUUCUUACACGUUAUCAAAGUGCAAAAUAUGUUAUAACUUAUGAAGAAUAUCUCGAACAUUAA